GAAAGAUGCUGAAUGAGCCCGUCCAGCCCCUCCAUUCAUGCCCAGCCCCCUCCCUGGUGCUGGAGCCGAGGAGGAGACGGAGCGAGACCGGGCACAAAGCGGCAGCGAUGUAUGGUGUGUGUGGCUGCUGUGGAGCGCUGCGUCCUCGCUACAAAAGACUCGUGGACAAUAUCUUCCCGGAGGAUUCAGAGGAUGGUCUGGUCAAAGCGAACAUGGAGAAGUUGACCUUCUACGCACUUUCAGCGCCAGAAAAACUGGAUCGCAUUGGUGCCUACCUCUCGGAGCGGCUCAGCAGGGAUGUGUCCAGGCACCGCUAUGGGUACGAUCUGGAGAACAGGAACCGUCUGAUGCAGAUCAUGCUGCUGAAAUCCGUACUACAGGUGUCCCUGGGAUUCCAGUGCAGUAACAUGCUGACCGCCUUACCCAGCUCCUUCCUGGACCCGCUGCUUUCCUCCGCCCUGAUGGAAGACGCCGAGUUGAGACUGUUCGUCUUGGAGAUUCUUGUCUCAUUGAUUGAUCGCCAUGACAACAGACACAAGUUUUCCACCAUCAGUACCGUGCCGGACAUCGCUGUAUUAAAGCUCAAAGUGGACAAGUGUUCCAGACAAGAUACUCUCUUCAUGAAGAAGCACUCGCAGCAGUUGUACCGGCACAUCUACCUGAGCUGCAAUGACCCUUGCAACGUCCAGGCUCACUACGAAGCUCUGUACGCGCUACUGGUGAUGAUCAGCAUCGAACUGGCCAACGAGGAGGUGGUGGUGGAUCUCAUCCGCCUGGUCCUAGCCGUGCAGGAUCUGGCUCUGAAUAAUGAGGACAAUCUCCCCGCGUACAAUCGCUGUGCCCUCCAUGCCCUGUGUGCCGCUUAUCUGAACCUGAUCAGCCAGCUCACCACCGUACCAGCAUUCUGCCAGCACAUCCAUGAGGUGAUAGAAAUGAGAAAAAAGGAAGGCCCGUAUCUUCUUCCUGAAGACAUCUUCGUGGAUAAACCCAGGUGGUCGAAGAGUGUGGAUCAGAUCGACACCGAGCUGCUCUUCCUGCAGAGUAAAGUCAGUGAAGUGUUGGGAGGAAGCGGGUAUAAUUCGGAUAGGUUGAGCACUCCCUAUGUUCCUCAGCUGACAGAUGAAGACCGUUUGUCUAAGAGGAAGAGCAUCGGGGAGACAAUAUCUCUGCAGGUGGAAGUAGAGUCCAGGAACAGCCCGGAGAAGGAGGAGAAAGCUCCAGCCGAGGAGAUCACAUUUGAAACUCUGAAGAAAGCAAUCGUGGAUAGCGUGGCGGUGGAGGAACAGGAGCGCGAGCGCCGACGGCAGGUGGUGGAGAAGUUCCAGAAGGCUCCGUUUGAGGAGAUUGCCGCACAUUGUGGAGCCAGGGCAUCUCUGUUACAGAGCAAACUGAACCAAAUCUUUGAGCUGACUAUACGUCCUCCACCGAGUCCCUCCGGAACCAUCACAGCCGCGUACGGCCAGCCCCAGAACCACUCCAUCCCCGUGUACGAGAUGAAAUUCCCCGAUCUGUGCGUCUAUUGAUCACCCACCGAUCACAAGCUAUGACCUGUCCGCUCUACAGCAUGAUCCGCUGUCUCUCCGAGAGACCCGCAGUACUGAGACUCUCCACCAGGGGUCAACCUCUUCUUCCAGUCACAUAUCUCGUGCCAGGUCAUGUCCAGAUAUAAUGUUCUGUUUGCACUAAAACCUAUGGACGUUCUCUCCGUGCGUUCUGCUGCAUCGUUCUUGCGUGAAUUCCUGUACAGCCUGAGAGAUUUACCUUUAUGAUUGAGACAAUCCCUUUAAAUGUUUGUCAGCUCAGUGCAACCCUAACCAUGGUCGAUGCCUGCAUGGAGACUAGUGCAGUGAUGUGAGUGUGGUGUCCUAUUCCCUGUGUCUGAGGAACCACCAUAAGAAGUGUCUAAGGACCCCGGUGCUCGGACUGACCAAGGCUUAGUAGACCGGUGGGCGUGGAUUGUGGAGUGUGAAGAAUUUCUCCAUGAAGUUAAUGCUUCCAGAUUUCUUGGAGUUGCUUCAGUUUGUUGUCUCAUUAGUAUAGCCAGCGAUCUUAUUAUCUUCCUGGGUUCUGCAUCUGAAAGGUUUGCCGGGAGCCGUAGGCGGCUCAUUCAUGGCUGCGGAUGAAUGGAUUGUAUACCAUCUAUUAACGGGAGAACGACCUUGGAGAUACAAAGUCAGAAGGUUCUCAAGAUCCCAUCAUCUCCACCAUCUGAUGCAACAUUAUAUACAUACCUUACCAGGGAAAUUAAGCAAUUGUUGACAUUUAAAGGGGUUUGUAGGUGCAACAAAAUUUGAGGGGAGGGGGGGGGUAGUGGUUAAAAGUCCAAGCAAGACCAUGAAUGUAGGGAAGUAUGGACCGACAGGGUUAAGGUAUGAAGGAGGGGGUGAACUCAAGAAAUGAAUGUCCUUCUCCUCUAGGGAAGACCAAGAGUGUAGGGAAGUACUGUAUAGACGCACAGGGUCAAGAGAUGAAGAGAAGUGGGUGGGAGUGGUCCAAGGGAUUAAAAUCUCUCACCCAAGGAAAAAGACCAUGAGUGUAAGGAAGUAUGGACCUACAGGGUCAAGAGAUGGAGAGGUAGGGGGGUCCAAGGGAUGAAGGUCUCUCACCCAAGGAAAAAGACAAUGAGUGUAAGGAAGUAUGGGCCUACAGGGUCAAGAGAUGGAGAGGUAGGGGGGUCCAAGAGAUGAAAGUCUCUCACCCAAGGAAGAAGACCAUGAGUGUAGGAAAUUAUUCACCUACAGGGUUAAGAAUUAAACAUAGCACCCAAUUACUAACAUGUAUUUGGGCCACCUCCUUUAUGAUCAUAUCCAACAAAUACAUGGUCGUCACCCAGUGUGGAGCUGAGGUCCACCAGUGGAACUGAUUUUAGGGGCACACACCCUAUCUGGCCUGAGUACAUUCUGUUGUUGUUAUCGCAUCAUUCAGUAGGUUAUUUGAACUUGUUGAAUAGACCCUGGUGGCAAAGUCUGGUCCAGAUGAAGUUGUCUUCGGCUGGACCUUGGGGCCCUUUUUUGUGGGCGCAUUUGGGGUUAAAUCUAGCUCCUUUCUUAGAGUGCGAUAUCUUGUGUUCUAUCUUGAGGCGUGGUUUGGCAAUUGUCACAUGCAAAGUUACUUAUUGUGUACUGACCUUGAAUUACAGCCUGUAUUAUACUCCAGAGCUGCUUUCACCAUUCUGUAGGCUUCAGAGCUGAAUUCUCCCAGAAUUCCCUGCUGGUUCAGUGUCUGCACAGAUCUUGCUCUUGUCAUUCUGGAAGGUGUCAUCUUUACACCAGGCACUGUACAGUCAUCUAAUGUAGAUGUAGAUAAAACAAACUGCCCCCAGCUUUCCUAAUGGAGGGGGGGGGGGGGGGUGCAUGUCUACCCACGCCUGCUGACCGUUUCCAUUAACAGCCAGCAGAAUUGUGAAUGCAGCUCUGGAGUAUAGGACAGGAAAUCAGUAAUGUGACUCACUUUUACAUAGAUUUUAUGUAUAUGAAAUGUAGCCGAUGAAAAAUUAGGGAUCGGGUAACCCUAUUCAGAUACUGGGAAAGAGAGAUCUCUGUCCCCUCCCAAGAUGAAAAGGAAAAACAUUGAUUGCUGUGAUAUAGCGCCCCCUCUAGGAGGACCUUGGGUUCACAAGAUAUAUUGACGACAUUUUCCCAUCAGGACCACCCCUGUCCAUAUUUUAAAUUAGGGCAUAUAGAAUUUAUAGAGGAGGCUCUAUGAUUCGCCUAUAUGACGGGGGUCUUGGGCGGGCGUCACGGUGCAGGUCAGUGGCUCCCAUGUGAUAAGUCUGUGGGCUCUGAUAGAGACGUAUAGAGAAGAAAUAAAAGACCAAAGUAAGGAUUCGCUGCAUACGUGGCGUCUGUAUUCUGCAUUGUGUGUGGUCCACAUGGUGCUGCCCCUCACACUACGGUUUUGUUGUAAAAACUAUGUUUUGUGUGAUUUUUCUUUUUAACUUUUUAGGCGGCCAUAGAUCAGAGACUGCAGUGUAAUCAGGAGAUAGCAGGAACUGUGCAUUUCCUUGAAGCCUGGGUGACUCUGUGACUAAAUGAUAGCGCUGUAAAAAUGGCCUCCGCUACUACCCAGACCAAGUGGAGGACAAGGUCAGGAGCAGACAUAGGAAGAAAACAGCACAGGUGGCCAUAGCCAGUGUGAGGAGGACAAAGCAGGGGCUGUGCAUUACUGUGAAGCCUGGGUGACUCUGUGACCAAACAGUAGUGCAGAGCUGUCAAUCACUACACCUGCAUGCUCUCGGGAUAUAUCAGUUAAGUGGGCAUCCCUUUUAAGUCGAAUGGACAGUUCCUUGAAGCUGGGUGCCACUGAUGUGCCACCCAUGUAGACCUGAGAAGGACUAGUGUGGUGGGAAGUAGAGGAGAUAUGGAGUAUUUUUAGGUUUCUUAGUCCCUUCUUGGCAGUCAGUUGAGUAUGCCAGCGAUGUCCUUUCUACUAUACAGUAUAUGGUAUGACCCCUCCACCCACCCUUAGAGAAGGCAGACAGGGAUGACACGAGCAGAGGAGGGUGGCACCACAGACUUGACUCCUCCCACUGGACUUAAGUUUAAUGAGUCCGUUAGGCUGAGAUACUUCCUAAAGGGGGAAUCCGCUCCUUCUGGUCCCAUCUCGUAAGGGAGAAGAAGACUUUUAGGGAGAAGAUAUAGACAGCUGUAGACUAUCGGGGUAGGUGGACUCUUGAAGACUUCACAAAAACAAAUAUGGAUGGGUAUGGAGAUCCCCUUUAAGUGUUGUUUUUUUCUUUUCAUACCGGUUUAUAAAUGUAUGUAUUCUAUAUGUGUCUAGGACCACAUUACACAAGAUAAGAUGUGGUGGGUGGGGUGGGAUGUGUCACCGUGUACAUGAUAAGCGUCCGGCCUCAUCCGUUGUUGUUGUCCCCCCCCUGUCACCCAUGUGUUAUACCUUGUAGAUACAGAUCAUUGUCAAAAAAUGCUGCUCCAUCUGUUGAUGGCAUGUAGACCGACUGAUGACCACUGUACAUUGUUUGUUUCUCGUGAUCAAUAAAGUUUUGUGUUGAGCUUCUAAGAAAAACUGGUUCUGGUUCUUUACCCUUGGGGCCAAUCACAGACGAUGCACAAGGCCGGGUCGUCUCCAUUCAUCAUGUGACACCCCCUUAAGAUCCCAGAACUUGUCAAGGUCUGAACUUAGACCAUGACAGAAGGCCUAUGUACUGAAUGCCACUCUUAGAAGGGCCCUAAGGGCAAGGGGGCCAAAUGGCAAUAUCAUAGUUAUUAAAAGUAAUAAUUCAUGGAACGGGUGUAAGGAGCCAUGAGGAAGGAAUUCUAUGAUGAAGGGCUUCACUGUGGGCUAUCUAUCUAAUAUCUAUCUAACUAUGUAUCUUAUAUAUUAAC